CAGAGUACCUGAUCCAAGAACAAACCAUGCUUGCGAAGAUCUUUAUCCUGUGCGCUGGUCUUGCAGUAGCCCGUGCCAAUCCAGUACUGACUAGUUCAGUCGUUAAUACAGGAGAUAGCAUCAGUGCAAAAUCGCAAGACGGAAUUGGCAACUACGCUUUUAACUACGGCACUGCCACCAAUGCCAGAGCUGAAGUCGGAGAUGCCGCUGGAAACAAGCAAGGAAGCUAUACCAUCACCGACAUCGAUGGUCGAGCCCGAAGAGUUGACUAUGUCGCCGAUGCUGCAGGAUUCAGAGCUUCCAUCAACACUAACGAACCAGGAACCGCCUUGAGUGCCCCAGCUUCUGUUGCCAUCGCCAGUCCCUACGCUCCACCAGUCGCCCCAGUGGCACCCGCUGUAGCUGCCCCUGUCGUUCCAGCAGCCCCUGCUCUGGCUGCUGCUCCUCUUCUUGGUGUCCCAGGCAUCUCUGCCUACAGUACCGUAAUUGGAAAUGGAGCUGUCCUCGGCCUUCCUCUUGGUGCAGGACUUCUGGCUCCUGGAAUAGCCAAGACUAUCGUCUGGUAAACUAAGUAUAUUAUGAAAUAGAAUCAAGCGACAACUGAUUCAAUACACAAUGCUGAUUAUGGGACCCUGUGAAGUAAUUCAUUAUGUAUAAAAAAAAAAGAUUUUUGACCUAGGGAAUUACAGAAAGAAAUUUGUGUUGUUUUUUUGUAUGAAUGGCAUUAGUAGAAAUAAAAUUAUUUUUUUUUAAA